AUGGCUUAUACAACAGCAAGAUUAUUUUCAACGUAAUCAUUUGAAAUAAGUUUAGGGUUGUGACUUAAACAUUUUUUAGAGAUAUUUAAGUUAUUGGAUAAGAAAACAUUCCAAAAGUAAUUCUUCAUUAUAAAUUAUUUAGGAUGGACCACUAUUGUUGUUUGGAAAUCACAAUAAUCAAUUUAUUGAUCCAUUAGUAUUAAUAUUUAUAAAAGAAAGCUCAUUAUUUCAAAUAUUCCAAGGAAAGUUCAUUUCAUUGCAGCUGCAAAAGUUAUUCAAUUAUGUUUAUACAAUAGAGCAUGAAAAGGCCUAUUAUAGGUCACUUAGGAAAAGCCUUAGGGGGAAUCCCAGUUGAGAGACCAUAGGAUCUAGCAAAACGUGGUUUUGGAACCAUCUAAAGGAUUGAUGGAAAUAUGGUAUAUGGUUUAAGAACAGAAUUUAAAUCAUAAUGCAAAGUCAAUGAUAUUUUAGUAGCAGUAAUUAAAUUAUCUUAAUAUAAAUAGAAUGAAUAGGAAUUUCAAAUAGUAGAAAUAAUCAAUGAUACUUAAUUGAAAAUUAAUAAUAAUGGAUAAAUAGAUUCUCCCAUUAGAAAUCUUCAAUAUAAAAUAUAACCUAAGAUUGAUUAAUCUAAUAUGUUUGAAUAAGUUUGGAUUGAAUUAUCAAAAGGAGCUUGUAUUGGAAUAUUUCCAGAAGGAGGAAGUCAUGAUUAAACAAGAUUAUUACCACUUAAACCUGGAAUUUGUAUUAUGGCAUUAGGAGCAAGUUAAAAAUUUAACACUAAAGUUAAACUCUAACCAGUUGGUUUAAAUUAUUUCAAAGGACAUAAGUUUAGAUCAAAAGUAAUCAUAGAAUUUGGAGUACCUUAUGAAGUAAGUUAAGAAUUAAUAGAUUUAUAUGCAAAAAAUAAAAGAGAAGCAAUUAGCAAUUUACUUUAUGAAAUUGAAAGUGUAUUAGAUCUAUAUUUAUAAUUUAUAGUAAUUGAAAACUGUAACAAUAUAAGCUCCUACAUAUUCAGAUUUAUCAGCUGUAAUGAUUGUUAGAUCUCUCUAUUUACCUGAUAAAGCAAGAUUAUCAGCUUAAGACAAUUUAGAAUUAGUAAAAAGGUAAUUAAUUAUUUAAAUAAAUAAGAUUCUCUUCUGCCUUUUAUAAAUUAGAAAAUCAUCCAGAAGUAAAAGAAGUAGUUAGUUAAGUGAAAAUGUAUAAUUACAAAUUGAAGGCACUUGGUGUAUAUGAUUAUUAAGUAAUGAGAAUGGAGAAAAAUACAUUUAAAGAUAUUUAUAAGAUAGCUUUUAAUUUAUUUAUGGCAUUGUUAAGUUUAUCAUUUGCAUUACCUGGAUAUAUAAUGACUAUUCCUAUAUCUCUUUUAUUAAAUACUUAUACAGAGAGGGAAAGAUAGAAGGCAUUAGCUAAUUCUAAGGUGAAAUUGAGUGGUAAGGAUGUAAUAGCUUCUUACAAAAUAUUGGCUUCAAUAAUGAUUGUACCAGCAGCAAUUGCUAUUUAUACAAUUUUAUUUCAUUAUGCUUUGAAGAAAUGGAAUUUUAUAAGUAAAGAGAAAUAAUUAAAAUUGACUUUGAUAUUUUUCUUACUUUGGCCUUUAUACAUUACUGCAAUGAUAAGAUCAAAUGAUGGUUUGAUUAGACAUUCAAGAAAGGUAAAAAGCCAAAUUUUAUUUUAUUUGUAUUAAAGUAAAUAUAGAAAACUUAAAAAAUCGAGAGAAUAACUUUAAGAUAGAGUAUUAUAUUAUAAAAUUAAUUAAGAUUCGUAAGAUGGUUGAUAUGUUGGGAGAAAAUGUAGUGGCUGAUUUCAAAAAGAAAAGAGUGUUUUCUUUUGAUGCUAAGAAGGAUAAUUUAGAUAUUGAUAAUGUAUUUUGUUCAUUAGAAGAGCUUGGAAUCUGA